CGGCGUGUUCCAGACUCCUAGCGACUUGAGCGCAAACUGCAUAUUGAGUUACGAAAAUAUGGCGGACACAGCGAAGGAAGGAUCGUUUGCUCCGUCGACUUCUGAAAGAACCAGCCGAUCGAGCAGCCAGGGCAGUGGCAGUGCCAGUGGGGAUGACCCGUUUGGUGACCAGAUGUCCCAGGGUGACCGCCAGGGCAUGAGAAAGGCCAGCCGGACACGAACCCAGUCUACAUCUGACAUCAAGGUGUUACGGACCAGCAAGAGGACCAUCUACACUGCAGGUCGGCCUCCCUGGUUUGACGUCAAAGGUCAGUUUAAGGAGGCCUUCGUUAUCGGGAUCUGUGGUGGAAGUGCAUCCGGUAAAACGACUGUGGCUAACAAGAUCAUUGAGGCCUUGGACGUCCCCUGGGUGGUGCAACUGUCAAUGGACUCUUUCUACAAGGUGCUCACCUCAGAAGAGAAGGAGCUUGCCCACCGGAGUGAGUACAACUUUGACCACCCUGAUGCCUUUGACUUUGAGCUACUGUUCGACACCCUGAGGAAGCUAAAGAGAGGGAGGAAUGUAGAGGUUCCCAUCUACGACUUCACUACACACAGCAGAACCAAACAACAGCACACACUGUAUGGGGCUAAUGUCAUCAUCUUCGAGGGCAUCCUUACUUUUGUCAACCCGGAGGUUCGGAAAAUGCUGGACAUGAAGGUGUUUGUGGACACAGACUCCGACAUCCGACUGGCGCGCCGGCUACGGAGGGAUAUCACAGAACGGAAUCGUGACCUUGUGGGAGUUUUAAAACAGUACGACAAAUUUGUAAAGCCAGCAUUUGAGCAGCACAUUGAGCCGUCCAUGGCACAUGCUGAUAUUGUGGUGCCCAGAGGGGGCGAGAAUGAAGUGGCUAUAGACCUGAUCAUCAGACAUGUACACUCGGAGUUAGAGAAGAGAGAUGUCCACUUCAGAUCACAGUUAGCAGCAGCAGGGCAGGGCCAGCCGCUCCCCUCCAGCCUCCAUGUGCUGGAGAGUACACCACAAGUCAGGGGCAUGCACACUAUCAUCAGGAACAGAGAGACCAACAGAGAUGAGUUCAUAUUCUACUCCAAACGCCUGAUGAGACUGCUGAUUGAACAGGCCAUGGCCAUGCUGCCUUUCAAGACUGUGCAGGUGAAGACACCACAAGGAUCAACCUACGAAGGCAUGAGGUUUAAUUGGAGAAGGUUAUGUGGAGUGUCCAUCCUGCGAGCGGGUGAGACCAUGGAGCCGGCCCUGUGUGCAGUGUGCAAGGACAUCAGACUGGGGAAAAUCCUCAUCCAGACCAACCUCAGCACAGGGGAGCCAGAGCUCCACUAUCUCCGUCUACCCAAAAACAUCAGUGAGGACCACGUGUUCCUCAUGGAUGCAACUGUGUCCACUGGUGCUGCUGCCAUCAUGGCCAUCCGUGUCCUCCUGGACCAUGAUGUGCAAGAAGAGAACAUAUUUUUCCUCUCCAUGUUGAUGGCAGAGUCAGGUGUGUUGUAAUAGUCAUCAAUGUCUUAGCUGAUGUUUUCAGUUGUCAUGUUUUGUACUGUACUUAUGAAGGCCAUUAGAAACAUUAGUCCUAUUAGUAGUAAUUCAAAGUAUGUAGACAUUGUUUCAAG